CUUUUUGACAGCCUUGAGUGCUCUAGAUUUCUACCAUAUCCAACUGGGAGAAUCAAACACUCGUCGCCCCGCCAAACAUGGCAGACAAAAAAGACAUCAAGUAGGCGCCAGUCUCUCCAAAUUCUGAUCGUAUUAUGCGGCGAAUUCAAAGCUAAAAAAACGCACCAACUAGAAAAGAGGUUACAGCCGCAACCAACCCACGAGGCAUUCCUUAUGCGCCGUUUGUCGACAAAGUUGAAGACUAUGUUACCUCCCGCGCAGAUGUCGAAUCAACCCUGAAGAAAUUCCAGGAAAUGAUUUCGUACGUUUUCGAGUCUCAGCUGGGAAACACGAGCUCAUACACGAGUUAGGAAAUAUCAGUUUAUGGAAACGAAUAAACAGCGAGCGGCAGUUGGACACACGGAGAAAAUACCGGACAUCCAAAAGACACUCGAUAUGGUACAAUUUCUAAAGACAAGAAAAGUAAGAUGGGGCUGCCUCAGUAAGGUAGCAGGACUGAUCCUUUGGUAGCCUGGUUCGGAACCAAUAGAAACAACCUUCGAACUGAACGACACUCUUCUCGCAAAGGCAAAUAUACCACCAACAAAUGAAGUCUAUUUAUGGCUGGGGGUUUGUUAUAUCAUACCACAAAAGACUGGGGCACACCGGGGUCUAACAAGAUCUAGGCCAAUGUGAUGCUUUCAUAUCCUAUCAACGAGGCAGAAGAAUUGCUCACGACAAGGUUAGCUACUGCUAAGCAGAACCUGAAAAAUUGCGAGGAAGAUCUUGAUUUCCUGCGGGAACAAAUUACCGUGAGUUCUUGAGCGUCGUCUGUUCUCCAAGAUUUUGGACACUAACACAUUUCAGACAAUGGAAGUCGCCACAGCACGAGUGUAUAACUGGGAUGUUACGAUGAGAAGAAAAGAGAAGCCCGAAGAGGCAAUAUCAGGUGGAAAGAGUGGUUCUCCCAAUGGUUGAAGAUUUCAAUUCUUGGUCAACUAGAAACUACAAAAAAUAGGCGUGCCAGAGAGGAAUAUCUGAAUUCGCAAAACCGGGAUAUUUUGUGUGUGUGACCGCGGGGUACAGUAUGGGGAACAAUGUUGGUGGCCGCAACACGUAGUAAAAGUAUACUGGACUUCAUCUAAUGGACAAACACAAGAUGCAUUUUAUGUGAAUGGCACAAUAAUACAUUUAUACAGACUUUCCACAGUA